AUGGAGUUGCAGAAGGGAAAGGGGGCAGCAGCAGCUGCUGCUUCAGGAGCGGCGGGAGGUGGAGGAGGAGCGGGAGCAGGAGCCCCAGGAGGGGGGAGGCUGCUACUUUCCACCAGUUUGGAUGCCAAGGAUGAGUUAGAGGAGAGAUUGGAAAGGUGUAUGAGCAUUGUGACAUCGAUGACUACUGGUGUCUCAGAGCGAGAGGCCAAUGAUGCCCUUAAUGCCUACGUAUGCAAAGGCCCCCCCCAACAUGAGGAAAUCUGCCUGGGUCUCUUUACUCUUGUCCUCACUGAACCUGCUCAAGCCCAGAAGUGUUACCGGGACUUGGCUCUGGUGUCUCGCGACGGCAUGAAUAUUGUCUUGAAUAAAAUCAACCAGAUCCUUAUGGAGAAGUACUUGAAGUUGCAGGACACCUGCCGAACUCAGUUGGUGUGGUUGGUACGGGAACUAGUGAAGAGUGGGGUUCUGGGAGCUGAUGGUGUAUGCAUGACAUUCAUGAAGCAGAUUGCUGGUGGGGACAUUACGUCAAAAAAUAUCUGGUUGGCAGAAAGUGUUCUGGACAUCCUGACGGAGCAGAGGGAGUGGGUGUUAAAGAGCAGCAUCCUCAUCGCCAUGACCGUUUACACAUACCUCCGCCUCAUUGUGGACCACCACGGGACCGCCCAGCUUCAGGCCCUGCGGCAGAAGGAGGUGGACUUCUGCAUCUCUCUGCUUCGGGAACGGUUCAUGGAAUGUUUGAUGAUUGGCCGGGACCUCGUAAGACUACUUCAGAAUGUUGCCAGGAUACCAGAAUUUGAACUGCUUUGGAAAGAUAUUAUCCAUAACCCUCAGGCCCUGAGUCCUCAGUUCACAGGUAUCCUGCAGCUUCUUCAGUCAAGGACAUCCCGAAAAUUCCUAGCAUGCCGUCUAACCCCAGACAUGGAGACGAAGCUUCUCUUCAUGACCUCCCGGGUGCGAUUUGGUCAACAAAAGCGAUACCAGGAUUGGUUCCAGCGUCAGUAUCUGUCAACCCCAGACAGCCAGUCUCUGCGCUGUGACCUCAUUCGCUACAUCUGUGGGGUUGUCCACCCUUCUAAUGAAGUGCUGAGUUCAGAUAUCUUGCCCCGAUGGGCCAUCAUUGGUUGGUUGCUGACAACAUGCACGUCAAAUGUCGCUGCCUCCAAUGCCAAGCUGGCUUUGUUUUAUGACUGGCUGUUCUUUAGCCCAGACAAGGAUAGCAUCAUGAACAUAGAGCCAGCCAUCCUGGUCAUGCAUCACUCCAUGAAGCCCCACCCAGCCAUCACUGCCACACUCCUGGACUUCAUGUGCCGCAUCAUUCCCAACUUCUACCCACCGCUGGAGGGCCAUGUGCGGCAGGGUGUCUUUUCGUCCCUCAACCACAUUGUGGAGAAACGGGUUUUGGCGCAUUUGGCUCCCCUGUUUGACAACCCCAAACUGGAUAAGGAGCUGCGGGCCAUGCUGAGGGAGAAGUUUCCUGAGUUCUGCAGUUCACCCAGCCCUCCUGUGGAAGUCAAAAUUGAGGAGCCCGUUUCCAUGGAGAUGGACAACCAUAUGUCAGACAAGGAUGAGAGUUGCUAUGACAAUGCAGAAGCAGCCUUCAGUGAUGAUGAGGAGGAUCUCAACAGCAAAGGAAAGAAGAGAGAGUUUCGCUUCCACCCUAUCAAGGAGACGGUUGUGGAGGAGCCAGUUGAUAUCACCCCUUACCUUGACCAGUUGGACGAGUCCUUAAGGGACAAAGUGCUCCAGCUACAGAAAGGCAGUGAUACAGAGGCCCAGUGUGAGGUCAUGCAGGAAAUCGUGGACCAGGUCCUGGAGGAAGACUUUGACUCAGAGCAGCUGUCGGUCCUUGCGUCCUGCCUACAGGAGCUCUUCAAGGCCCACUUCCGAGGGGAGGUGCUGCCCGAGGAGGUUACGGAGGAGUCCCUGGAGGAAUCUGUGGGGAAGCCCCUCUACCUAAUAUUUAGGAACCUGUGCCAGAUGCAGGAAGACAACAGCAGCUUCUCUCUGCUUCUGGACCUCCUCUCCGAGCUCUACCAGAGGCAGCCCAAGAUCGGCUACCACCUGCUCUACUACCUGCGGGCCAGCAAAGCCGCCGCGGGGAAGAUGAACCUGUACGAGUCGUUCGCCCAGGCCACGCAGCUGGGGGACCUGCACACCUGCUUAAUGAUGGACAUGAAGGCCUGCCAGGAGGAUGACGUGCGGCUGCUGUGCCACCUCACACCCUCCAUCUACACAGAGUUUCCAGAUGAGACCUUGCGGAGUGGGGAGCUACUGAACAUGAUCGUGGCCGUUAUUGACUCUGCACAGCUCCAGGAGCUGGUCUGCCAUGUGAUGAUGGGGAACCUGGUCAUGUUUCGAAAAGACUCAGUCCUCAACAUCCUCAUCCAGAGCCUGGAGUGGGAAACCUUUGAACAGUACUGUGCCUGGCAGCUCUUCCUGGCCCACAACAUCCCCCUGGAGACCAUCAUCCCCAUCUUGCAGCACCUCAAGUACAAGGAGCACCCCGAGGCCCUGUCCUGCCUGCUGCUUCAGCUCCGCAGAGAGAAGCCCAGCGAGGAGAUGGUCAAGAUGGUGCUGAGCCGGCCCUGCCACCCCGAUGACCAGUUCACCACCAGCAUCCUGCGGCACUGGUGCAUGAAGCACGAUGAGCUGCUGGCCGAGCACAUCAAGUCCCUGCUCAUCAAGAACAACAGCCUCCCACGCAAGAGGCAGAGCCUGAGGAGUUCCAGCAGCAAGCUGGCCCAGCUGACCCUGGAGCAGAUCCUGGAGCACCUGGACAACCUGCGUCUCAACCUGACCAACACCAAGCAGAACUUUUUCAGCCAGACCCCCAUUCUCCAGGCGCUGCAGCAUGUCCAGGCGAGCUGCGACGAGGCCCACAAGAUGAAGUUCAGCGACCUCUUCUCCCUGGCAGAGGAAUACGAGGACUCUUCCUCCAAGCCCCCCAAGAGCCGGCGAAAAGCAGCUCUGUCCAGCCCCCGGAGUCGGAAGAAUGCCGCUCAGCCCCCCAACGCCGAGGAAGAGUCUGGCUCCAGCAGUGCCUCGGAGGAAGAAGACACAAAGCCGAAGCCCACCAAGCGGAAGCGGAAGGGGUCCUCUGCCGUGGGGUCGGACAGUGACUGA